AUGAAAGAUUAUACAGUUUCACUAUUUCUUAUUUUCUUGGGAUUGGUGUUCUCUAGUUAUGUGCUUGCUAAAGCAGCAAGUGAAAACAGGUAUGUGACUGAUGUGAGUUUUGCACUGGGUAAUGACCUGCAAAAUAGCAACACUAAGAUGCAUAACUCUCGAAAGCCUACAUCUGGAGGUAAUUACGGGGGAGGAUCUGAUGGAGAUUCCAGUUUUGGGUACGGACAUGAUGGUGGUUUUGGCAAUGGGGCAAGUGGCUAUCAAUCAGGUGGUGGCGGUGCUGGUGGUGGAUUUGGAGGAGGUAGUAAUGAUGCUGGUGGUGGAUUUGGAGGAGGCGGUGGCUCUAGCGAUGGCAUGGGACAAGGUGGAGGAUUUGGGUCAGGCAGAGGUUAUGGAGAUGGCUCUAAUAAUGGGCGGGAUCCAGGCUAUGGUUCGGAUGGUGGUUUUAGGGCUGGAUCAGGCUCGGGAUAUGGCAAAGGUGGUGCAUCUCAUGGUGGCUCAAAUGGUGGAGGAUAUGGACAUGGAGGCUAUGACUCCAACCCUAAAACAGUAGGCUGGUCGAGUUUGUACCAUGGCCAUAAAUUCCAUAUUGCCCCAACCAAAAACUAA